UCAAAAAAAAUUGAGAAUGAGUGGGAAUUUGAAAAUUCGUUAUUUUCUUGUAUAAUUUUAUUGAUUUUCUAAAAAACAUAAUAAGUAUUAUAAUGACGAAAGCAGCAUCAGUCCUCCAUUGGUUUCGUCUCGAUUUGCGUUUGCACGACAAUCUUGCACUUCGCAACGCAAUAAACGAAGCAGAAAACCGUAAACACAUUUUGAGGCCAACGUAUGUUUUAGACCCAGAUAUAAAAAAUAAAGUUGGCAGGAACAGGUUAAAGUUUCUAAUACAGAGCUUGCGAGACCUUGAUGCAAACUUACGUAAAAUCAACAGUCGAUUGUUCAUUAUCAAGGGAAGGGCUGUGGAUUGCCUUCCACAACUAUUUGAGAAGUGGCAGGUGAAAUUCAUAACCUUACAAGUUGAUAUUGACCCAGAAUUGGUUAAACAAGAUGAAGUUAUAGAGAAAAUAUGUGAAGAAAAGGACAUAUUCAUGGUUAAGAGGGUCCAGCAUACUGUAUAUGAUUUUAAUACAACCUUAAGGAACAAUAAUGGCAAUGUUCCAUUGACCUACCAAAAGUUUCUUUCACUUGUUGCUAGCACUCAAGUAAAAGAUACAAUAGAAAUUACAAAACAGGUGUCUGAGGAUUGUAAAGGGUCAGAAUUUGAUUCUAAAGAUGAUGAUAUAUCUUUGCUUGAUGAUUUGGGGUUUACUGAAGAAGAUUUAAAUGAAUGUAAAUACCCUGGAGGUGAGACAGAAGGGUUAAAGCGACUCAACACAUAUAUGACUAAAAAGCAAUGGGUCUGCAAUUUUGAGAAACCAAACACCUCUCCAAACAGUAUAGAACCAAGCACUACUGUAUUAAGCCCAUAUAUAAGUCACGGAUGCUUAUCUUCUAAAUUAUUUUAUCAUAAACUAAAGGAAGUUGAAAGUGGUAUGAAGCACUCUUCCCCACCAGUUUCUCUCUUAGGUCAACUUAUGUGGAGAGAAUUUUACUAUACAGCUGGUGCCGGCACUGAGAACUUUGACAAGAUGGUGGGAAAUCCUUUAUGUACACAAAUACCUUGGAAAAAGAAUGAAGAAUAUCUAAAAGCGUGGGCUGAAGGUAGAACAGGGUACCCUUUCGUGGAUGCUAUAAUGAGGCAGUUAAAACAAGAAGGCUGGAUCCACCAUUUAGCACGCCACAUGGUUGCCUGUUUUCUAACAAGAGGUGACUUAUGGGUAUCCUGGGAAGAGGGAGCAAAAGUUUUUGAAGAUUACCUACUUGACUAUGAUUGGUCUUUGAAUGCAGGGAAUUGGAUGUGGCUGUCUGCUUCAGCAUUUUUCUAUAAAUAUUACAGAGUAUACAGUCCCAUCGCAUUUGGUAAGAAAACUGAUAAAGAAGGUCUUUAUAUAAGGAAAUAUGUACCUGAGCUAAAGAAGUAUCCUAGUGAGUUUAUUUACGAGCCGUGGAAGGCUCCUAAAUCAACACAAAUGGCUGCAGGCUGUAUUAUUGGUCAGGAUUAUCCCAAAAGGAUUGUUGAUCAUGACAAAGUACAUAAGGAUAAUAUACAGAAAAUGAAUGCAGCUUAUAAGCUCAAAAAGGAGAAUAAGACACUGAAACGGAAAAGAUGAGACAAUACAGUCUCUCAAAAUAUAUUUUUAUAAAAAUAUUUUUAAUGAAUUUUAUAAUAUGUUAACAAUUAAGUACAAAGUGGAAGUUAUGGUAAGUUAAUGUUUUGUUGAAUCUUGAAGCUUGUGUUAUACACGAGCAACUUUUAUCUUCACUACAGUCAUCAAAAAUGGCUACCCAGCCUCCUCACAUUACUUCUUAAGUGUCCAAUUUUGGGCAGUUUGCCCAACAUGCAUGUUGGAUAAACUGCCCAAAAUUAAACAUUGACAUACAUACGGGUAUCUUUAAAAGAAGUGUGAAUUUAUACAUCUAAGUAAACACAUCAUCAUUUUCCAUCAGGUGUGAUUGUCUUCAAGUUUGUCUAUUAAUGUGCACUAAGCGGGUUUAAUCGCGAAAUUGAAAUUUAAUUUGGUUUUUCGCAAUUCGUAAACUAUAAAUGUAAUGGCUCUGGAUGGUUGGUAUACUAGAUGGUGUGUAGCUUGCAUAAUUAUUUCAUACUUGUACUACUAGAAAAAGCUUGAUGGAAACAUGGCAAAAGUAAUUGCUGUGUGUGUAUCGUUAAUCGUUAUGUUGUAAAUUGUUAUGUGUGAAAUUAAUAAAGUUGAAAUAUUAUAAA